AUUUUUGUUACUUAGAUAUUAAAAUGCAAUUUGGAUUUGUUAUGUUUUAAAACUAUAAAAAAAAAAAUGACGAUAUCUGAAUUCCUACCUGCACUUGCUGAAAACCCAUAUUUUUCAGCAGGGUUUGGGCUUGUAGGUGUUGGAACUGGUUUAGCAAUAAUGCGCAAAGGAAUGCAAUUUGGAUUUGUUAUGUUUCGUCGCCAUUGCAUGGUUACUUUAGAAGUUACAAGUAAAGAUAAAAGUUAUGAAUGGUUACUACAAUGGAUGAUUCAGAAACAAGCAAAACAAACACAGCAUUUGAGUGUUUUUACAACAUUCCAACAGCAUGAAACUGGAAAAGUAAAUGCCCAGUUUGAUUUCACACCAAGCCCAGGCACACAUUUUAUAAAGUAUAAAAAAAACUGGCUUCGUAUUGAAAGACAAAGAGAUCAAGGAAUGAGAGAUCUUGCCAGUGGCUUGCCUUGGGAAACAGUGACAUUGACAUCGCUUGGUAGAAAUAAAGAAAUCUUUUACUCAAUGUUGCAUGAGGCAAAAGCACUAGCUUUGUCUAAACAAGAGGGAAAAACUGUUAUGUAUAUACCUAUGGGGCCUGAUUGGCGUCAGUUUGGUUUUCCUAGGCAGCAUCGGCCAAUUAGCUCAGUUAUUCUAGAUGAUGGUGUAUCUGAAAGAAUCCUAAAUGAUGUUAGGGAGUUUAUUUUAAAUAAAAAAUGGUAUAUAGAUCGAGGUAUUCCAUACCGUCGUGGCUACCUGUUAUAUGGACCACCUGGAUGUGGAAAAAGCAGCUUUAUAACAGCACUUGCUGGUGAACUGCAAUACAGUAUAUGUAUAAUGAAUCUUGGAGAUCGAACAUUAUCAGAUGAUCGUUUAACACAUUUAAUGAGUGUGGCGCCACAACAAAGUAUAAUUUUACUUGAAGACAUUGAUGCUGCUUUUAGCAAACGAGAUGAUGAUAAGAUGACUGGAAAUAAAGCUGCAGGCUAUUACCCAAAUUAUGUGACAUUCAGUGGUUUGUUAAACUGUCUUGAUGGAGUAGUAUCAACAGAAGAAAGACUUGUAUUUAUGACGACUAAUUACCUUGAACGACUUGACUCUGCACUUAUACGGCCUGGUCGAAUUGAUCUGAAACAGAUUAUUGAUAAAGCCUCUGUUUCACAAUUGAUACAAAUGUUUUUACGUUUUUAUCCACACAUGAAGCAUUCUGAUGCGGUCUUGUUUAGCAAAAUGGUCAGUGAAACAAAUCAAAAAUAUAGUGUAGCACAAAUCCAAGGAUAUUUAAUGCAGUUUAAACAAGAUGCAGUGGCCGCAUUAACUAAUGUUCAUACAUUAAAAAAUAUAUAAGUUUAUUAAAAAAUUUAAUAAACUAUGUUUAAA